AUGCUUCGCACUAGGGCUCUAUCAACCGCCCCAAUCAACCCCCUCGAUGGGAAAUUGACUGAUGCCGAUACGGCACUGCACCACGAUCACAACCUAUCCUCCGAAAGCCUUCCAUACUGGCUGGUCAAUUUACCUCGGUCGCAAUGGACUGCUGAAUGUCCCAACUUUCUACGUGACCAAUCGCCAAAGAAUAUCAAAUGCCUCUCAACCCCUGAUCACCUUUAUACCCGACAGAAUUGGGAUCAGGUGAAGGAGAUCACCAGCACGAACCAGAUCGAUCGGUUCCAGCGUGUUCCAAGCGAGCUGCGCAAGUAUCUGGAAUACAUGGCACAUAUCAAGGCGGAGUAUACAUCCGUUGUGAGAUUUGUGGUCAAGGAACGGUUAGGCUGGGGGGAUGGCGUGGAAGAGAUCAAGCCUCGAGGUAGUCCUUUUGAAUACGAGGAGGAUAUCCGAAUCAUAUACAAUGACUGGCCAUAUGGUGUGGAUAAAGACAUCAUCCAUCUGGUAGUGUGGACUAAAUUCCGGCUGGAAGAUGAUCCAGCCACAGAUGACUUAACGCCAAGGGCACGAGCGGACAUUGAGAGUUAUGUACAGAAGACGUUUUGUGUUCGGGUACCACGUGAACAGGUGGUCUGGUUCAAGAAUUGGAAGUCACUCAAGUCAGUUCCCGGGAUAGAACACUUCCACGUCAUGCUCCAUCGUCCCGAUAUGGAAUUUGUUAGGGAGAUCACCCGUGGCGAUAUACCUCUGAUUGAACGGCUAUAA